GUUUAUAUCAAAUUUUAGCGUGUCCUGUCCUUAUCAAUUUUGUCUCUCCAUUCUGAUCGGGAAGUCAAACCAGGAGCUCCCUAUUUCCUCCAAACUGCUCACUGCCUAGCUCCAUACACAGCAAGGAAGAGAAGAACCCCACCACAGAUAUGGCUGAGGACAGGCUUAUAGUAGAGGUGGAGCCUGCAAAAGCGGCUACUGAUGGAAAGCCGUCUGUUGGGCCGGUGUACCGUAGUGUUUUCGCUAAGGAUGGUUUCCCGGCGCCUAUUCAGGGCUUAAAUUGCUGUUGGGAUAUUUUCCGUUUAUCAGUGGAGAAGUAUCCCAACAAUCCAAUGCUUGGACGCCGUAAGAUCAUUGAUGGAAAACCUGGAAACUAUGUCUGGAUGACAUACAAAGAAGUAUUUGACAUUGUAAUCAAAAUAGGAAAUUCUAUUCGCAGCUGUGGUGUUGAAGAAGGAGAAAAAUGUGGAAUAUAUGGUGCCAAUUGCCCAGAAUGGAUCAUUAGCAUGGAGGCAUGUAAUGCCCAUGGACUAUAUUGUGUCCCUCUCUAUGACACGUUAGGUGCUGGUGCUAUAGAAUUUAUAAUAUGUCAUGCAGAGGUUAAAAUUACUUUUUGUGAAGAGAAAAAGAUUCCUGAGCUUCUGAAAACCUUUCCAAAGGCGUCACAGUACUUAAAAACGGUUGUUAGUUUUGGGGAAGUGACACCAGAACAGAAGGAUAAGUUAGAGAGCUUUGGCACUGUGAUUUAUUCUUGGGAUGAGUUUUUAUCACUAGGAGAAGAUAAGAACUUCGAUCUUCCAGCAAAGAAAAAAACAGACAUUUGUACAAUAAUGUAUACCAGUGGGACAACUGGAGACCCUAAAGGUGUCUUGAUUUCAAAUAAUAACAUCGUUACUCUUAUAGCUGGAGUAAAGCGUUUACUAGAGAGCGUGAAUGAAUCGCUUUCAAUGAAUGAUGUAUACAUUUCAUAUCUCCCUCUGGCUCACAUUUUUGAUCGGGUGAUUGAAGAGUGUUUCAUCAACCAUGGUGCAUCAAUUGGAUUUUGGCGUGGGGAUGUCAAGUUAUUAAUUGAGGACAUUGGGGAGCUGAAACCUACUAUAUUCUGUGCUGUUCCACGGGUUUUAGAGAGAGUCUAUUCAGGUCUGCAACAGAAACUUUCUGCAGGAGGUUUUCUCAAAAGCAAAUUGUUCAAUUUUGCAUAUGCCUACAAAUUUUACAACAUGAAGAAGGGGUGUAAACAUGACGAGGCAUCUCCAGUUUGUGACAAAGUUGUUUUCAGUAAGGUCAAAGAAGGGUUAGGUGGAAGAGUAAGACUUAUAUUAUCUGGAGCUGCACCCCUUGCAUCUCAUGUAGAAACGUUUUUGAAAGUUGUCGCAUGCGCUCAUGUUCUUCAAGGAUAUGGUUUGACCGAGACAUGUGCUGGUACAUUUGUCUCACUCCCAAAUCGGGUCGAUAUGCUGGGUACAGUAGGCCCUCCGGUGCCCAAUGUUGAUGUGUGCCUGGAGUCGGUUCCUGAAAUGGGGUAUGAUGCUCUAUCAGAGAUACCACGCGGUGAAGUCUGUGUGAAGGGUGAUACUCUUUUUUCAGGUUACUACAAGCGUGAAGAUCUCACGAAAGAGGCCAUAGUUGAUGGCUGGUUCCACACAGGUGAUGUUGGUGAGUGGCAAUCAAAUGGGAGUCUAAAAAUUAUUGAUCGCAAGAAGAACAUUUUCAAACUCUCUCAAGGAGAAUAUGUUGCAGUGGAAAAUUUGGAGAACAUCUAUGGAGAAAUCUAUGUUAUUGACUCCAUUUGGGUAUAUGGGAAUAGCUUUGAGUCAUUUCUGGUAGCGGUUAUUAACCCAAACCAGCCAGCAGUUGAAAAAUGGGCUGAGCACAAUGGCAUAGCUGGAAAUUUUGACUCCCUGUGUGGAAAUCCAAAGGUGAAGGAAUACAUACUUGGGGAGCUAACAAAGAUUGCAAAAGAAAAGAAGUUGAAGGGAUUUGAGUUUAUAAAGUCUCUGCACCUCGAUCCAGUGCCAUUUGACAUGGAACGCGAUCUUCUCACCCCAACAUUCAAAAAGAAAAGACCACAGUUGCUGAAAUACUAUCAGACCGUCAUUGACAACAUGUAUAGGAGUGCUAAAUGAGCUUCAUAUGGUGCAGAGCGCUGUGAUAAUUAUAUUCCCGUGACACACCUCCUUUCCCCCCUUAUUUAUGUGAUGGAAUUUUUUCCGCUAAUGUAUUCUUUUCCGCUUUAUAAUACGAGCAAUCUGUAGUAUGUACUCAGUAGACAGUAGUGCAUAUAAGCUUGUCAGUGAAGUAUCUUAUAUGUCAUACGUUCUCUUUUAGUUGCACCGUUAACAUUUUCUUGACAAUUGGUAUAUUUCGUUCCUUAUUAAUAUUUUUUUUUGAAAAUAAAAGAGCUACUUUUAUAUUAGGACGUCCUCCCGACAAUUACAACAAA